AUGGCAUGGCAACGACCCGACAUAGCCCGUACUCGUGUCCUUGUAAAUGUUAACGAUUGGUCGAAGCAGACAUUGGAGAGCGCUAUGACUGACGCCUUGAUUAAUGACCGCCUUGAAUUCGUUCAACUACUCUUGGAAAAGGGUUUGGAUAUUUACAAAUUCCUCACCGAUCGAAGACUGGAGGAUCUCUACUUGGCAUCAUAUGAUUCGAAGAAUCAUUUCAGUCGUCUUUUCAGAAAACUCAUCGGAGACAGAUACAAUCUCUCACUCAAAUCAAUUGGCAACAUGUUGGAGCAAAUAGUCGGUAAUGGAUACCAACAUCCGUACUGCUCUAAACGCAUCGAUGAUCGACUUCGAAAAAAAAUAAAUGGCAAUCCAAAACAGCAAUCACAAUCACAUGGGAGUUCAAGACACGGACAAAGUCAUAAAACCAAGAAGACUGGCUCUCUAGCCGUUUGGACGCCUUCUGAAUGGGGAACUGUUGAAGCGCCUCGGGGAAUGGCAGAAGAUGAAGCAAUGGGGAAGGGUGAUGAAGGUCGGGACUGCUUUCGAUAUCCCUAUACGGAACUGCUACAGUGGGCUCUACUUACUUGCCGAUUAUCAUUAGCUCGAUUCAUGGUACUUUCUGGCGAAGAGGCUAUUGCAAAGGCAUUGCUCUCUGUAAGAAUUCUCCAAGGAAUGCGCAAAUUAAUGGAUGCUGAAUCAGAAACCGAACUGAUCCGAAUCAUUCGAGCUCAGGAGGAGUCAUUCGAAAUCCUUGCUGUAGAACUCCAAGAGCACUGCUAUCGACAUGACGCCGAACAAGCCCGACGUCUUUUGACCUACGAAUUGUGCAAUUUCUCAGGAAGCACUUGUCUCUCCCUUGCUUGUAUGUGUGAAUCGAAACCUUUUAUUGCUCACCCCUGUGCUCAAGCAAUUCUCUCCGAUCUGUGGUAUGGAGGUCUCCGAGAAGGCCGAUUUGUCUCCACCAAGGUUACACUGAUUCUUCUUGGACUUGCUGUACCACCAUUUUAUCCCUUCAUUGCCUUCUGUUUCGCGUCCAAUUCUUCAAAGUUCUUGGAAUUCAAGACGAAGGAGGAGUUGUCUGCCCAGCCUCAGACAUGGGAAGAACAUCAGGAUGAAAUUGAAACCGAUUCGUCGUCUUCGAGUAGCAGUUCCAGUAGCAGUAACUCGUCCUCCACAAGCAAUUCUAGAAAUAGUUACAUGGAGGAUGCCAAAACGAGGAUUAUUGACAACUUCACACUAGCGACUCCAUUGGCUCUUAUUCGACCGUUCUCUGAACCUACUUUAAGGAAUCCAUUCUUCCAGGCUUCAACGAAAGAAACCUCGGCUGGGGAUGAGGUAGACUCUCUGGAGAAGGACACACUUGACACUUUGCAUGGUCUUCAAUUCCCAACCCCAACUAGAGUGCGGACAAAGUCGGAUUCCAGAUUCCAAACUAUUUCGGGUUAUGCGAUACCUCAAAAUCCCAGUCAAACCAGCCUAUUUCUCCCUGAACUUUCGCCAACUCCACAUUUACAACAACAUCAACCACGAGAGAAUUCAACCCAACACUCCGCGAAUAUGAAUAUGCUGGAAGCUUCACACACCCAGUUGACUUAUGUUAAUGAAAAAUCGGAUUCACUUGACGAUUUGGCCUUGGAUUUGGAGGUCAGUCACAAGGAUGAGGUCAAAUCCCUCCCAACUAUUCAAUUAGAGGGCUCAACUAUCACCGAUGGCGAAUUCAACAAUUUAUGCACUGGCCAAGCCGAAGAGAUCAUUGAUGGUAAGCAGACUUGA